AUCAAGAAGUGCAAUUUGUUUUGUUCUGUUUUGUUUUCUUAGCUCAGUGGUGCCAGCAUCUUGAGUGAGAGGAAUGAAGAGGGCCACGGUCAGAGCAUGAGAGUGAGAUAGAAAUUUGAAGAAGCCUGGGAAGGGAUAUGUGGACAGAGGAAGGUGAAAUGGAAGGUGAGGCAGUUGAGGCUAUUGUGGAGGAGUCUGAAACUUUCAUUAAGGGAAAAGAAAGAAAAACCUAUCAAAGACGCCGUGAAGGUGGACAGGAGGAGGAUGUUUGUCAUAUCCCACCUAACCAAGCAGAUGGGGGUGAAGUAGUGCAGGAUGUCAGUAGUGGUGUGCAGAUGGUGAUGAUGGAACAGCUGGAUCCAACACUCCUUCAAAUGAAGACUGAAGUAAUGGAAGGCACUGUGCCUCAGGAAACAGAGGCUACUGUGGAUGACACACAGAUAAUAACACUUCAGGUUGUUAAUAUGGAAGAACAGCCUAUAAACAUUGGUGAGCUUCAGCUUGUCCAAGUACCUGUUCCAGUGACUGUACCAGUUGCCACCACUUCUGUGGAAGAACUUCAGGGAGCGUAUGAAAAUGAGGUUUCAAAAGGAGGCCUACAAGAGGGAGAGCCUAUGAUCUGUCACACGCUCCCUUUACCAGAAGGUUUCCAGGUAGUGAAAGUAGGUGCAAAUGGUGAGGUGGAGACACUGGAGCAAGGAGAACUUCAGCCACAGGAAGAUCCCAAUUGGCAGAAAGAUCCAGACUAUCAGCCACCAGCCAAAAAAACAAAGAAAACCAAAAAGAGCAAGCUUCGUUAUACUGAGGAAGGCAAAGAUGUGGAUGUGUCUGUGUACGAUUUUGAAGAGGAGCAGCAAGAGGGUUUGCUGUCUGAGGUCAAUGCAGAAAAGGUGGUAGGCAACAUGAAGCCCCCUAAACCAACAAAAAUAAAAAAGAAAGGUGUAAAAAAGACAUUCCAGUGCGAGCUGUGCAGUUAUACCUGUCCACGUCGUUCCAACUUGGACCGGCACAUGAAAAGCCACACUGAUGAAAGGCCACAUAAGUGCCAUCUCUGUGGCAGAGCUUUCCGGACAGUCACGUUGCUGAGGAACCACCUCAACACUCACACAGGUACUCGUCCUCACAAGUGCCCAGACUGCGACAUGGCCUUUGUGACGAGUGGAGAGUUGGUUCGGCAUCGUCGUUACAAACACACUCAUGAGAAACCAUUCAAAUGUUCAAUGUGUGACUAUGCUAGUGUGGAGGUCAGCAAGUUGAAACGCCACAUUCGCUCUCAUACUGGAGAGCGUCCAUUCCAGUGUAGCUUGUGCAGCUAUGCCAGCAGAGAUACUUACAAACUGAAGAGGCACAUGAGAACCCACUCUGGAGAGAAGCCAUAUGAAUGUUACAUCUGUCAUGCUCGCUUUACUCAGAGUGGCACCAUGAAGAUGCACAUUUUGCAAAAGCACACAGAGAAUGUGGCCAAAUUUCAUUGCCCCCACUGUGAUACUGUCAUAGCAAGAAAGAGUGACUUGGGUGUCCAUUUGCGAAAGCAGCAUUCCUACAUUGAGCAGGGCAAAAAAUGUCGCUACUGUGACGCUGUGUUCCAUGAGCGAUAUGCUCUCAUCCAGCAUCAAAAGUCUCACAAGAAUGAGAAACGUUUCAAGUGUGACCAGUGUGAUUAUGCAUGCAGACAGGAGCGGCACAUGAUCAUGCACAAACGUACCCAUACUGGAGAAAAGCCUUAUGCCUGUAGCCAUUGUGAUAAAACCUUCCGUCAGAAACAGCUCCUUGAUAUGCACUUCAAACGUUACCAUGACCCCAACUUUGUCCCUGCUGCCUUUGUCUGUUCGAAGUGUGGUAAAACAUUCACUCGCAGGAACACCAUGGCUAGACAUUCUGAUAACUGUUCUGGCCCAGAUGGUGCAGAAGGAGAGAAUGGAGGGGAGCCUAAUAAGAAGGGUAAACGUGGAAGAAAAAGAAAGAUGCGAUCUAAGAAGGAAGAUUCAUCUGACAGUGAAAAUGCUGAACCAGAUCUGGAUGACAAUGAAGAAGAGGAGGAGACAGCAGUAGAAAUUGAGGCUGAACCAGAAGUGGAGCAAGUGGCCCCUGCACCACCUCCUGCUAAGAAACGAAGAGGAAGGCCACCAGGCAAAGCCAACCAACCAAAGCAGCCCCAGCCUACAGCAAUCAUUCAGGUUGAAGACCAGAACACUGGUGCAAUUGAAAACAUUAUAGUUGAAGUAAAGAAAGAACCUGAUGCAGAAACAGUAGGAGAAGAGGAGGAAGCUCAGCCUGCUGUAGUGGAAGCUCCCAAUGGAGACCUCACUCCCGAGAUGAUUCUCAGCAUGAUGGACCGGUGAUGGAGGAAAGGCCACGCGUGCUGACUGAACUGGCCUGGGCUGUGUUUAAGCGGCUCAAAUCUAUUUUUCCUUUUACCUUUUCUUGGCUUUGGGAAAUGCAUCAUUUUAGACCAUUUUACCAAACAUACUGGGAAAUAAAACUUCAAAAUGAUGUUAGAAUGUGAUUUAACUAGAACUUGCUGUUUUAUGUUAGCAUUACUACAGGAUCAUGGAACAUUAGGAAAUAUUUUGGAGUCCUUGAGGGUUUCCUCAGAUGCUUGGUUUUUGAUCUGAACUGCAUUGUAAUGAUGGUCCAAGGACAGUGUUUACAUGCAACAAGUUUUAAUAAUACAAACGUGGAAAAGCAAAAGCCCAGACUAAAGUAAUGUGGUAAACCACUCCGGACUUGUCCAUCCAGUUCCCAGAGUCCUCCAGCCUUCUUCUCCCAGUAGUGUUUUUAACUGUAAAUGCAGACUUGGGAAGGUUCUAGACUUUUAAAAUGUUUUUGUUUUUGCUUUUCCCCACUGACUAGCUCCGGUUCUCCAAGUCGGCUGCACACGGUAGUUUUGGCAUGCUCCAGCUGGUUUCUGUCCUUAAUAUGCUUUGCUUUCUGCAAAGCAUUUCUGUAAUGGUCAAGCUUGUAAAUAACUUUUUUUUACAUUUUAAUCUUUUUUCCAUUAAUUAAGAGGUAUGAAAAAUGCAGUUUCAGUAAACCCCAGUAUUUUAAUUACUUCCAAAUGAAGUGACAAGAAAAUUGGUGGAGUGUAAAUGUUGGAAAACCCAUUGACAACCAAUCAUGUAGAGGAGAAAAGUACCCAAACUAUUUGCUUGCUGAACAACAGAAACCCACACGCGAAACCAGGUUACAAAGCACGUGGAACUGGCAUUUGAAACAUGUAUAAUUCCCUUCUUUUCAGUUAUACCUUCACGACUACAUUUUCUUUGCUCUAUUUUGUAGUUGUAUUUUGUGUUUAUGAAUCCAAUGUUAAGACAGAAGUGGUGAUUUUUGUAUUUGGGUCACUGCAGCCCUCAACCUGGGCCAGGAAAUUUUACUAGGUCAGUAAUUAUAAAAUUUUGGAUCUCUAAUGAAAAAAAAAAAGGAAUAAUGUGAAAUACAAAUGAUGCCUGUAUAUGAACUGUCACAUGUUUAAAAUAUGUAAGCUUUUUAUAGAGCCUCAGUCUUGCUGAUUUCAAACAAAUUUUUCUUCUAUGUAUCGCUUUUAAAAGAGCUAUCAGUUUAGCUAUCAGACUCUAGGUUGAUGCAUUUUUGUACUUAGCUGUACUGUGUGAUAUUUUUCAUUAUUUUAGGAAGCCAACAUGAGAAAAAAACUGUUAUAAAAUAUGUAAUGGGGUUUGAAAAGCUGAGAAGGAGAAUAUACUGCUGUACAGCUAAUAAAUAAUAAUGGAUUAACAUGCA